AUGCCAUCUCCUACACACUACAAAUACGCUGCCACAAAGAACCUUUCCCUCGUCCUUGCCCCAUUUUCUGGUGGUCAAGGUAAAGGAGGGGUUGAAGAUGGACCUGAAUAUUUGCUCGAACAUGGAAUUGAAAAACAUUUGAAGAGUUUGGGAUGGUCUACAACCAUCUCCGAUCCACUUAAAGACGACGAUUUAGCUGCUCAAAAAUCCGAUCUUUCAGAUGUUUCUGGUAAAUGUAAAAGACCAAAGAUGGUGGGCCAAGCCACCAAGAAGAUAUACGCUGCUGUCAAAGAAGCCGCCCACAAGGGGGAUAUUCCUGUCACUUUAGGAGGCGACCAUUCGAUUGCAAUGGGAACCAUUGCCGGAACCCUUGACAAACACCCAGAUGCUUGUGUGUUGUGGAUCGAUGCCCACGGCGAUAUCAACACUCCUUCGACUUCAGAUUCUGGUAACAUUCACGGUAUGCCAGUUCUGUUCUUGAUGGGCAUGGAACCAGAAGCCUGUCCUCCAGAUCUUAAAUGGGUACCAAAUUGUAUUGCCGCCAACAAGAUUGCCUACAUUGGGCUUCGUGAUGUCGAUGCUGAAGAGAAGAAAAUCCUCAAAGACCACAACAUCUCUGCCUUUUCAAUGUACCAUGUUGACAAGUACGGGAUUUCCAAAGUGGUGGAAAUGGCUCUCGAUAAGAUCAACCCAAACCGCGACUGUCCAAUCCAUUUGAGUUAUGAUGUCGACGCCAUCGAUCCUUUAUACGUUCCUGCUACCGGUACCCCAGUUCGCGGUGGCUUGACUCUUAGAGAAGGGUUGUUUAUUGCUGAAGAAGUGGCAGAAACUGGAUUGUUGUGUGCCCUUGACGUUGUCGAAGUUAAUCCAGCCUUAGCUGCUCAUGAUGUUCAUGUUUUGGACACCGUUUCAGCCGGGGUAUCCAUUGCCAAAUGUGCUUUGGGAGAAACCCUUCUUUAA